AUGAGUUCACUGGGUAAAAAUGAAUACCUACAGAAUGUAGACUCGAAAUCAGAAGAGUUUAAUUUGUUUGGUAAUUCUUUCGAUGCAAGAAAAAAGAGUGGUGGAACAGCUGCUGGCAAGAACUUUCCUAGUUCUAGUUACAAUCAAGGAGUUAGCAGUUUCUCGUCGAGCUCAAAUAUGGAUUCCAAGGGUGGAAUAAGUCUGCGUUUUUCGUGGUUUGGUAGAACAAGUUGGAAACCAAGUACAAAGAAUAGCAAUCGAUUGAAUCCGUGGGAUAAUGCUGCUGGUGCUGGUGCUGGUGCUGGUGAUGCGGAUGGUAACCAAUUUCACCUGUCAAAACUACAUACUUUGUCUCCGCCUUCCACGCAUUUGGUCAUUGACGAGUCCAAGUCGAAAAAUACAAAUUUUUUCAACACAAUAGAGGAAAAAGCAGUCCAUGUAGAGCCCCUUCUUGAAACGAAACCAAAAAAGUUACCAUCACGUUCAAGACUUGGCCAAUUGUUUAGCCUUUUCCAAAAGACAGAUAAGAGCGAAGACAAGAAGAACAAGAGAAGAUUUCCUGCUACAACAGUGACGCCUAGAUCGCUAUCGAACCCGUCUUACAAAUCGGUUGAUACUAGAAGGAUAGGUGGUAUAAGGAGAUUGGUUUUAAAAACGAAACCUGUAAAGUACCACCUCAUUGAUGUAAAUAAAGUACUUAGUGCAAGGCAGCAUAAAGUUGUGAUGGGUGCAAUUUCAGCUGAAAAAUUGUUAAAGAAUGACAAUUUGAGCGAUGAAGAAAUUGAGGAAGUUGAAGAAAAAGAAGAAGAGCCUGUUAGAAAGAGAUUUUCAAAACAAACAUUUGACAUUACUAAUAGAAAAGAGGAAAGGGUGGAGACGAGGGAGGAGGAAAAGGUACCCAAUCUAAGAGAGGAAAAACAGAACCGAAACUUUAGACAGAAAGUUCAGCAAUCACCACCACCACCACAACAACAACAACAACAACAACAACAACAAUAUAAUGGAUACUGGACGUUCCCUUCAAUUGAUGAAAUUUCAGCAAUGGACGAAGAUUGUCUUCGAAAUUUGGAAAACUUCAUUAUUGGUAGAGUUGGAUAUGGACAAAUUGCAUAUGAUUACCCUGUGGAUCUAACCAAGGUAAAGCAUGAUGCAGAUCUUCGUGGUGUACUGUUUGCAAAACAAUUAUUUGCUAACGUUAUACAAAUAGAACGGCAAACAAUUUUAGCUUACAAAAAUGAAGUGCAUAAGCCAAGUUUAGGUAUGGAGUUGAAUGUCCCCGCAACAAUCACAUUAGAAGGUGUUGUCAACAAGAAAGCAAACCUCAAUGAGCAAAUCAACUUCCUUAAGAGCCAAAUUGGAAUGGAAUAUAUAUCUUACAAUCCAACUACAGAAACCUGGGUUUUUCGAGUAAAACAUUUUAGUGUUUGGGGGCUAAUAGACGAAGAUGCUCAAAACUUCAAAGAACUAACACUGUUGAAGAGAAAACAAGACGCCAAGGAGAUGAAGGCGGCUCUCGAGUAUUCCAGGGUUUAUGAGGGCCAAGAUCUUGAUCAAGAAUCGAAAAAACAGAAAUUAAAUGAACACACAAAGAUAGUACCUGGUGGUUGGAACUUUCCAAAUCCUCAAAAAGAUAGUAUUUUGCUACUUAAACAAUCUCUUGUUAGUGAUGAAAUAGAACGAGAAUUGAGUAGGUAUAAUGAUACCGUGGAUAUCAUGGAUGAAGUUGACGGAAAUCUCAUUGAUUCAGAAGAAGAAGGAGAAGAAGAAGGAGAAAAGGGUGAAAGUAUAGGUGAAAUGAAAGUGAAUGUUUAUGAACCUUUUAUUGAAGAUGAAUCUGUUUUUGAAAAAAUACGAAACAAUAUGAAUGUUUCAACAGCAAGUAAUUGGUUAUUACAAUUGGAGUUGGCGAAUCAAUUCAAUUCAGCUUUGGCACCUCUUUUUGAGACGGAAAAGACUCCAGAAAAGUUGACUUUAUCCAAGGUUGAUGACUUGAUAUUUUCGGAAUUUAACAAAUCAAAAGAAUGUGCUACUAGUAAGGAUAGUACAUUUCUUGGGCCAAUAUCUGAGGUUCCUGAUAAAGAGGAAAUUGAUGAAAAUAAUCCCUUUGUUUUUAGCAAAGUUUUGUCAAAAUGUUCUUUUACAUCAAGGAAGAGCAAUCUGAUACCCAAACUACACCAAAACAGUAAGUUGUUAUUUAGAGAUUUUUGUGAUUCAAAUGAAAGUGAUGCCGAAAUUGAAUUGGCUACAAUAUUAUUUGAAUACAAUGAAAAAAGAUCUUUUGAAGAGAUAGAUUAUAAAUUUGAAAAAUGGCUUAGGCUGUAUAAUGAAGAGAGCGUUAAUGAGCUCCUUGAUAAGAACAGAUUGGACUACUUGGAGUGCGCUUUUAUUUGUUUGUGUGCAAACGAUGUCUUGAGAGCAAUUGAAUACGCAUUGAAGUCAGGAAGUGAACAUUUGGCGGUCAUUUUAUCCUUGGCCCGUGAAGGUGACAGUUUAAUAAAAAAAAGUGCACAGGAACAGUUAAAGAAAUGGGAGCUUGGUGGUCAUAAAAUAGUACCUGCUCUGAUUAUGAAAAUAUACCAAUUAAUAGCUGGACCAUCGAGUGACUUGUGGAAGACUUUACCAUGGAAUAUAGCACUUUGUUCUGCAAUGGCAUUUGAUGGCACUGAUACUGGUACUGGUACUAAAUCGUUAAAGUAUUUGAUAGAACGUUUUGAACCUGUGCUACCUGAGAAGAACCUGGUUUCAGAUGUGUUUAAAAUUUUUAUCACUGGUUUUGAUUUGGUGAAAUUGACAACUUCUCAUUUAAGUAAAAAAUUGCAAUGGAUCUUUUGCUUAGUUUUGGCUGAUUUUGAGUAUGACGAAGUUUCUAAGAAAUUUGGUCAACAAUUAGAAGCAGCCGGAUAUUGGAUUGAGGCAUUGAUUGCUUAUUCCAGUAUAAAGGAUGAUGAUCUUGCCAAGGAUCUUAUUAGAGGGUUGGUGAUUAAAAAAGUUGGCGAGGUUGGAGUAUUGGAUGCUGUGGACGAAAAGUAUUUGGUUGAAAUGUUGAAGGUGCCGCAGUCUAUGAUAUAUGAAGCAAUGGCAAUAGAACGGAGUCAAAGGGGUGACUAUUGGGGUGAAGUAGAGGCACUUUUGAAAAACUGCAAUUGGGAAGAAGUCCACAAGACAAUAGUCACUGAAUUGGGUCCCAAUACAGUUAUAUCUUGUUCAAGUACAGAGAUUGAACGAUUGAAAGAGGUGAUAUUGCAGUUUCCGCAAAACGGAAUGCCUGUACUGGAAUGGAAUAAAGGUGCUGGUAUUUAUGAGAAUUAUUUCCAACUUUGUAAAGAAAACCAGGGCGAUAUUGAAGUGCUUGAAUUUUUGAUUGAUCAUUUGCCACUUGCAAGUGUGCAAUCUACAAAGGAGAAACCAGCCAUGAACUUGAUAUCCAAAUUUGUUGGGGACUUGGCUUUGGAGAAUAUAAAGAUCUCAAAUGUGCGGAAAAAGAAAAUAUUGGAAUUUCCAAUGGACGAAACUACAAAGAACUACUUCAAGGCAAGAAUCUCCAAAUAG